AUGAGCACCAGCAGCAUGGCCGGCGACGAUGAACUGCUGGACGUCACUGCACUUCCAAAGACGUGGACCGUGCUCCAAAUCGCAGUGCUGCCUGUUGUCGAUCGUCUUGCCGUUGUUCUGGUGCGAGACGGAACAAGCCAGCUGUUCUUGUGUGACAACGGUGGUGACACGCUUGAAAAGCACACCCAAGAGCUGCAUCGAAUCCUCAAAGGAACAAGGGCCUCCAUGUCCAUGCCAAUGAACACGGACAGCGAGCUGCGUGAAUGGCACGAAGUCCGCAAGCAGUUCGACGCUGGCCUCGCAGACCUUGUGCAAGGCCUCGACGCCAUGCUUUGCAGCACCAAAAGUCCAAAGCUCAAGAGCCGUCCUCUGGGUGAGCUUUUGGACAGAAAGGUCGCCGAUCAGCACACCAUCCUCAUCCUUGGACGCGAGUCACACGCACUACCGUGGGAGUCUGCGCCGUGUCUCAAGGCCACCAAUUGCUCUCGCGUUCCGUGCAUGCAAUUCUUGUUGCAUCGUGUCGCCAUGCAGCAGCAAGAAGCGUCCUUCCCCAUUGACCCGACACGAGGCUUUUACAUUGUCAACCCGAGCGGAGAUUUGAAGCGAACGCAAGACACGUUCUCUCCGAAAAUGACCGCCGUAGCAUCGUGGUCCGGCCUGAUUGGUACGACACCCGUGGAAACGGUUGCGCAGGGCAUGACAGACGCGUUCGCCCGCGAUGAUCUCGUGCUGUAUCUGGGCCACGGUGGGUCUGAACGCUUUGUCCCGUCCGAGCGCUUGCGUCGAGUCGAGUCGCACGCGGCCACCCUCUUGAUUGGCUGCAGCAGCGGCUUGCUCAAGUGUCCAGGCGUGUUUGAGCCUCACGGACGCGCGCUCGAGCAUCUUUUGACGGGAUGCCCCGCUGUGGUCGCGAAUCUAUUCGAUGUGUCUGAUCGUGAGAUUGACAAGUUUACAGAAACGCUUUUGGCCGAGUUUCUAAGCGGGUCCAGUGAGCUGUCUCGCGCUGUUCGCACUGCGCGUGGCGCCUGCCGCUUUGGCUACCUCAACGGAGCGGCCCCUGUCGUUUACGGCCUGCCGACGAUUACAACCUGUGCCGUUCCCGGAUUUGUGCCGCAGAGUGAUGGGGACGCUCUCGUGGAUGACAUGUUCAAGCUGUCAUUGGACCGGUCCAGCGCUUGCCUACCCCCACCAACGCUUGCUCGAAGCACGACCGGUCGCGCCAAGAUGAAGUACAGUGCGUCAACAACAGAACCAGCUGUCGAGGCUGCCCCCGCUCCUGCUGCCGUCUCUGUCGCCGUCCCUGCUGCCAAAGCGAGGAAGGGCGCAAAGGCCUCAGGUUCCGCUCCAAGCACCGAUCUUGCACCUGUGCCUGCACCUGCGCUCGAAGCCCCGGUGGAAAUCGUCCGACCAGCGCUCAAAAAGUCCGUCAGUGAAUCGACCGUUUUGUCACGCAUGCCAAAACGCAAGGCCGAUGCCAAGCCGUCUGCCGUUGUGGAAAUUCUUGACGACGACCCAGCACCCGUCAGUGAGCCUACCGUCCUGUCACGCGUGCCAAGGCGCAAGGCCGAUGCCAAGCCAGCAGCAAUUGUUGUGGAAAUUCUUGACAACGACCCAGCGCCAAGUAGUACCAGCGACAUGCAAACAGAACCCGUACCGCCAACUCUCACACGCACUCGCUCACGCGCUCCAGCUCAGUCGGCGAGUGCGAGUCGCCGCGUUUAA